CCUGCUCUACGUCCUGUCAGAGCUGUGCAAUUUGAAUGACACAUUGGAUUUUGUUUAUGGAGAAUCCAUCAGCAAAAAUGCAUUUUAAUGCUUUUCAGAAUACUAUAUUUUUUUGUUACCUGAAACAUGACAGUUUCUUCAAGAGUGAUUGGGAGAAUUUUUAACUUGAUCUUUUGCACCACUACUGUUUUUUUUAGCCUAAACUUUUAAAACUUGUUUCUCUGAGGAUGGCUGUUACAGUAGCGUCUGAGCUGGCCCCGACUGUGGCUGUCAAAAUCUUCUCUGCUGGGACAGCUGCUUGUGUAGCUGAUUUGGUCACUUUUCCACUGGACACAGCUAAAGUCCGACUACAGAUUCAGGGCGAGUUUAAAUCCACAAAUGUGCAAAAGAAGUACAGAGGAGUUUUUGGCACCAUCUUCACCAUGGUGAAGACAGAAGGUCCCCGUAGCCUUUACAGUGGACUGGUGGCAGGACUUCACAGACAGAUGAGCUUUGCUUCUGUGCGCAUCGGCCUCUAUGAUUCAAUGAAGCAGUUUUACACCAGGGGAUCGGGAGGUUGCUUGCCAAAUAUAGCUCGAAAUUCCAUUGUGAAUUGCUCGGAACUGGUUACCUAUGACAUUAUCAAAGAACUAAUUUUGAAGUACAAGCUAAUGACAGACAACAUGCCAUGCCACUUCACAGCAGCCUUUGCAGCAGGAUUUUGCACAACCAUUGUGGCAUCACCGGUGGAUGUGGUGAAGACGCGUUACAUGAACUCAGUGCCAGGCCAGUACACUGGGGCCAUUAACUGUGCCCUCAUUAUGUUACUAAAGGAAGGGACCACAGCGUUCUACAAAGGAUUCAUGCCUUCAUUUCUUCGACUGGGAUCCUGGAAUAUAGUUAUGUUUGUAAGCUAUGAGCAAAUUAAGAGAGGUGUCUGCAGACUCAAGGAGUAUUGGAACUCUCCUAAAUGAUAUUUUCUUUAAACCUGAGGACUCCGUACUGGUCUAGGCAUGGUUUACCUCAUGUAUGGCAGUGCAAUUCAUUUCUUAAAGGGGCCAAAUGUCAAGCCUGUUAUCCUAAUUAUUGUGUGGAGUCUCAGAGUAGAGUCCCUCACUUUGCUAUGUUUGGGUGUUUGAGUUCUGACCUCAUGUAACUACCUAUGUAUGAUCAAGUUUACUCUCCUCAAGUGCAAUGCUGCUGAUUUUAUUUAAGUUGAAAGAAUAUAUGGUACAAGUGGGGAAAAUUGCUUAGUUUUCAAUAAAUAAUUUUUAUGACUAAAAACACUGUUAUAAAAGUAUGGUUCCUCAUGACUUAAUGUUGUCAACAUAUAUGUUCUGUUAAUAAGCUUUUUUGCCAUUUUAAAUGUAAGUAACUGCAUCAUUAAUGUUCUCAGAGGCUGACAUGGUUAAUUCAUGAUUUGAAAUGAUGGUUAUGAUGUAGCUCCGUGCAGCUCCUGAAACUCUAAUUAAACUGUAUAAACCACUAAUAUUAUUUAAUUCAUCCAUGCUUUGCUCAGUAGACCUGUGGCUUUCAGGUUCCUGUUAUAGUUGACAUCUUGAGGACCAUUUUAACCAUUCAAAAGAUGAGAUAUUUGAUUUUAAAAUAAUCAUCGUUCUGAAAUCCAUGGAUACACCUUAUUAUGACCAAAAGUCCUCCUUAAAUGGUGCAUUAAAUGAUUGCAUAUCGUCAUUACCUCCAUUAGACUGAUGGACACGUGUUGUCAACAUUUGUUUUGAGGACUUCACAUCAACUGAGUCGUGUCUCCGUUUCCGUCCGCUAGAUGGCGCUCACUACACGCGUGCCUGUGGGGCAUGAAUGCAGAUAAGAGCAAAUAAGGAAAU